ACAUUCACAAGUAGCUUUUCUGACGAGUACAUACAUUCAUAGAUAUGCAUACAUUUCAUACGAAACAACAUUAUUUACACCACGUCACCUACUGUAGCGUAAUGACAAAGCGGCUUACAACCGUACGCAUGCGUGUAUCGGGGGACGCACAGCCUUCACCAAGGUAACGCCAGACAAUCCUGUAACUGAAUCUGAUCCCACUCCACCAAGCUUGUAACACAAACACUUUUGUUGAGAUACUUCACUUUGCACAACCACCUUUGACCCAGAAUGACUGUCCAUUUUAAGGGAACCAGCGAGUAUAGAAGUAGAUACAAGGGUCGAGCAACACGAUCCAGAAGCGAUUCUCCACAUCAGAGGAUGCGACUGACAGGACUGCGUUCUGAUCAAAAUAAAAUAACCCGGGAACCCCAAUUCCCAUCCAAAAGGAGAGUGCCAUUUUACCCACCUCAGGUAUCCAGCUCCCUGCAAUGGGAAAGACAUGAUCCACAUCAACAACGCCAUGAGAGGAGCAGGCCUGUCACACCUCCAGCUGUCAAACCUGUGGCUAGAGCCACUAGUGUAGAAAGUGAGCGGACCCCACUGGCCCCAAGACACAGCGCACCACAAGAGGGCACCGCUGCACCGUCACAACAACAAGCAGAGGCACAAGCAGUUCAGCCAACCAGGACCACUGCUGACCAGACAAAACUGAGACUGGCACAAAACGGAGUAAACCAUGCAUUGCGGAAGCGAGCAGGACUGAAGUCAGAGCAACAGAGAAGUGGGCACUUGAGCUCAGAGUACCAGAGACAGUUCAUGAGGAAAACCCCUGUGGCCGAUUCCCCCCUGCUGGCUGCACAUGAGAUGUUUUAUAAUGACAAUAAAGUUAUCCCACCCUUCAAGUCCAACCCAGUAAUCAUGGAAAGUGAGUACAGGAGAAAUUUUAAAGGAUCACCACCUCCCAGACCACCUCGCUUGAGACGAGAUGUUGAGCAGUGUGAGGUCCCAGAGAUUUUUACCCAAGAGAAGAAAAAGAGGAAGAAAAAGGAGAGGCAACGCAGUAGAAAGUCAAGCCCCAUGGAAGUGAGCCAUCCGCAGCUACAGUUCCAACAACAGGAAGUAAGGAAGGCGAAAACUGAGUACAGCUCCAACUUUCGUUCUCCACUCCAGUACUGCUACAGAGAUGGCGCUUGGGUGAAGGCCAGAACUGCACAGGUGGAGGAGUGUGAACAUGAUCAGUGGUGGUAUCGUGAGGUGCAGGAGCUACGCGAGAGAGCAGAAGCCUACCGGAAAAGGGCCAGGGGGACUCAUUUUUCCCGUCAACACUUCAACCAGAUCAUGUCGGAGCACAACUGGAUGUGGGAGCCUUCCAGUGGCACCUCCUCCUCACCCUCUGUCACAUCCGAGUGCUGCAGAAGCGCUAACAGCAGCCCCAUCAUAGAGGCUCUGGAUCUGGCUAGCCCUGGACCUUCUGCUUCUGUGGCAACCAGCAGGAGAAGCUCUACUGGAGAGAUGCCUCAUGCAGAAGGCCCCACCCUCCCUGUGCAAAGAAAGUUGGCUUGGGAUGAAGAAGCAGGGCCUGGAGAAAGAACUGAGGUCGAGGUUUUACAGAAGGAGCGGAAUUCUGAAGAUGGCCAUGUGGAACCACAUGUGAAUGGGAAGAUUAUGGACAAAAAUAAGAGGUUGCAGGUUUUGAAAACUGCAUCAUCAGCAGUGGAAGGGUCUGGAGGUUCUAUCAACGGCGGCAGAUUGCCUACCCCUAAACUAAAGACUACGCAAACAGUACAAAGGACACAUCAUGACCGCACCACUCCGGCUACUGGAGGUGCUCUACUGGUCCUUCCUCCAAAGAUCAAAAAUUCUUUUAAAACUUGGAAGAUCGAGUCACCUUUAGGAAACCCCCACUCUCCUUACACACAUAUCGAUGGAUCUCCACAGCGACCAAACAGCAAGGCUGUGAACGGAAGCUCGCCAAACUCCUCACCAGCUGCAGGCCUCACCACCAUAGAUCCGCUUCCUAUUCGAGAUGAUGCAUGGUCUGAUGAGGAGCCCCAAUACUCUAAUCCAAGACAGGCCAAGCCAUCACAAGCACAGGAUAGACAACGUCCCAAAGCCAUUGUCACUUCACCUGCCAACAAAAUCCAGGGCGCCAUGAGAAACCCGGAGUUUCAGCAUAAUGGUAACCUGGGAAUUUUUCGGCCAGAGCUGUUUGUGUUUCCUGAAUCUGACUCUGCUGUGUCAGACAAUGGUUCAGUAAGAACAGGAAGUAGAUCAGCUUCUCUUUUGAUGUGGGGACCAUAUCAAGAACAACUGCUUCAUUUCCUAUCCCUGGUUUCACUUAUUAUGAUAAGAUGUCUCAGAUCUCUUCUAGAUCAGCAGCUUCAUGCUCCAUGGCGUCUGAGAUCCUGGACCGUGCUCAGAGAAGAAAGGAGGAAUUUUGGGGAAAAAGAUAAUGUGUCAAAGCUCAGGAUUUUUACUAAAACGGCCAUUAACUUGUCAGGAUGUAAAGCAAUUUUUUCCCAACCAUUUUGCCUUUAUACCAAAUUGUAUUGUGCUGUAGACCGUAUUUAAAAUGAAAAAAAAAAUGUAUUUGAUCUGUUUGACUACUAGACCACAAUUGUGUGCUCAGUAAAUGUUUUGCUAAUAAGACAAUGCAUUUUAAAAUGACACGUUUUUGAAAAAUUAAAUGGACCAGAAUUUGCUCAAAUUCAUUCAUAAAAUAAAAAGUAAU